CUUGGAGCUGCAGUUGGCUUUUUGUUGCCACCUGUUUUAGUGCCCAACACACAGAAUGAUACAGACCUUCUGGUUUAUAACAUCAACACCAUGUUUUAUGGAACAGCAUUUAUCUCCACGUUUUUAUUUUUUUUAACAGCAAUUGUGUUCACGGAAAAGCCUCUGCUGCCACCAAGUCAGGCUCAGGCAGCUCUGCGAGACAGCCCUCCUGUGGAGUACUCCUACAAGAUUUCCAUAUGGAACCUGUUCAGAAACAUCCCCUUUGUUCUGCUGCUGCUCAGUUAUGGUAUUAUGACUGGAGCAUUUUAUUCAGUUUCAACAUUAUUAAAUCAAAUGAUUUUGACAUAUUAUGAGGGAGAAGAGGUUAACGCUGGAAGGAUUGGGCUAACACUGGUGGUAGCUGGAAUGGUGGGCUCUAUUCUUUGCGGCUUAUGGCUGGAUUACACCAAAACCUACAAACAGACAACUCUGAUAGUGUACAUUUUGUCUUUCGUUGGAAUGCUCAUAUUUACCUUCACGCUGGACCUUCAGUACAUCUCUGUUGUGUUCGUUACUGGUGGGAUCCUUGGCUUCUUCAUGACUGGCUACCUCCCUCUGGGCUUUGAGUUUGCUGUUGAGAUCACUUACCCUGAGUCUGAGGGCACGUCCUCUGGGCUCCUCAAUGCAGCCGCACAGAUAUUUGGGAUUUGGUUCACAUUGGCUCAAGGAAAGCUCAUGUCAGACUAUGACCCCAUGGCAGGAAACAUUUUCCUCUGUGCCUGGAUGUUCUUGGGCAUCAUACUGACAGCGUUGAUCAAGUCUGACCUGAGAAGGCACAACAUAAACAUGGGACUCACGAACGGCGACAUUAAAGCUGUGACAGUUGACAGUCUGAUGGAUCAGAAACCGAGAGUGGUGAUGCUGUCCAAGCAGUCAGAAUCCUCACUCUGAAGAGAGCACAGCACCUGGCCCUCAGCAUAGGGUGUGGCUGCAUCCUAGGGAGCCGUGUGAGCGGUGAGGACGCUUACGUGGAAAUUAUGGGCUCAACUCUGAAUAUUAUUUUGUUUUAUUGUUGCUUACAUCGUGUUAACACUACCGUCAUCUAAUGCCAUUAUUUUCAGUUGUGUGUUGUGUCUAUGAAAACAUUCCUGACUUUUUUCAGGAUGUUUUGUUUUUUAUGGGGCUCUAGUUCCCAUAAGACACAUAAGACUAUGCAGUUCCUACAUAAGCAUGCCCAAUGCGUUUCCAGUUAGCUGUCGUAUCACUGUGCUGACCGUGGCAGACAUCACAGUGUGAGCACUGAACACCAUCUGGAGGCCCCAACUCGCUUGAGGACAGGGCUGGGAUCGGGAUUCCAGAGGAGCCCUCAGAUUUCCCCAUCGUGUGUGCUCUUGUUAUACAGUGCGGUGACACAUUCUGUUCCACACAAAACAAUAGUUGAAUACACAGAUUAAAUCUGUUACACUCUGGUGAGCUAAGGGGUGAGGCCCACAAAGAUCGGCUGGAGUUCCUCCCUGUGCUGCCUUCAUACAGACAAAUGGUAAUCCUGUAUUUUUCAGUGCAGCUUGAAAUAGAAUAGUUUUCCACCCAUUGUCUAUUUACUCCCUUUCAAGAAAAUGUCAUCAUCUGUGUUAAGGAUAGCUAAUGGUUUCUUGCAUCACAUCUGUGUUUCCUUUGGCAAUACCUAAGAUAAGGAGUCUGUGAUAACGUCAGAGAGCCCACGUGUCUCCAUUCUGUGGAGAGCCCUUGAAAUACUGGCUGCUGUGUUUCUCUUGAGAGUUGUCACGUGUUCUGUGAGUGCUGGGAACAGGCUCUCCUCCACCACAGAGUGCAUGUCGUCACCACUCUGUGGACAUGGUCUCUCUUUUUACAUGCUCAGGGCAAGGAGAAUGGGCCCAAGUGAGUUUUCACAGUGCCUACCACUGUGUCUUGUUUACAGUGAGAAUUAAUUGUCAUUGAUGUUCUGACAUUUUAUUGACAAUAAUAUUUAAAUAGUGUAAUUUUGUAAAUUUUAUGAAAAAUUUACAUAAUAUCAAAAUGCACACAGAAAAGCCAAUCAUGUAAUGAAUAUGCUUGAAGCAGAUGUAUCUUUGAUUUAUGCAAAAUAUGCAUUGAUUUAUUUUGAUAUUCUGUUUCAUCAAAUUGCUAUGAGCUAUGUGGAAUCUGACACUGGAAAAUGUACUAGGAAAACUUUAUAUCACUCAGGAUUGGGAAUUCUGAGUCCUUGGUGUGUUUCUAUCAUGGUAACCCUGGACACAUCAUUUAACCUCUCUGGAAGCAUUUUCAUGAUCCAUGAAAUAAAUGCUUUCACUGUGAUCCAAAACAAUGGUUUUCGGGGAGUAGAACAACCCUUUUGCAGGGACUGCAUAUCAGAUAUUUAUAUUACGAUUUAUAGCAGUAGCAAACUUACAGUUAUGAAGUAGGAACGAAAUAAGUUUUAUGGUUAGGGGGUCACCACAACCUUAAGGAACUGUGUUAAAAGAGUCGCAGCAUUAGGAAGGUUGAGAACCACUGAUCUAAAAGAUGUUUUGCUGGGCAGCGGUAGCUCACACCUUUAAUCCCAGCACUUGGGAGGUAGAGGCAGGUGGGUCUCUGUGAGUUCGAGGUCAGCCUGGUCUACAAAGUGAGUUCUAGGACAACCAGAGCUACACAGAGAAACCCUGUCUUGAAAAAGUAAAAACAAACAAAUAAAAAAAAUCUUUUAGAAAUAAUGUCAUUCAAAAUGGAAUAGACCAAAUCACUGGAGCACAGGAACUUAGGACUCUAGCUAGAGAAGAGCUCCAUGGACAAUGGAGCACACAGUGUGACUGCUCCUGUGUACACACAGGGAACUUUUAACCUUGCUAGUCAGUCUGCGGUAGUUCAGGCAGAGUCUGUGUAAUCAGUAACUUCUUUUGAUAUUUAUGUCACAGGUUGAAAACAACCAAAAAUACAGUCUCCCCCGACUGUUUCUAUUUUUAAAUUGACAGUGCUGUUUACAACAAUCUUGUACUUGUUGAUUGAUUUCCUGAAAAUCACAGAUGAAAGUUGGGAUACUUAAUGCUUGAAAAGCAUAUGUGUGCACUGUUUGUCACUGUUUGGAAAAGGGAUAAAAUAUGAUGUAAUAGUGCAAAAUAAACUAAUGGUGUUCUCAGUAUUUUAAGAGAAUGUUAUGGAUAAUAUAUCAGGUGAGAAUUUGAUAUAAUUUUGUGUCAUGGUUUUAUUAGUAGUAAUUGUCACCUGUGUCAAUUUUAAUCAGAUGAUUUUAGGAACAAAACUAGAUGGCCUCAGAAGCUGAUGCAUUUGUAAGAUGUUAUGAACAUAGCUUUUGUCUUUUGAGAAUGUUGGAGAAAUGUCUUGUGUGAAAAUGUUUGUGUUAAUAACUUGGACAGCCCCUGUGUCUGAUGUCUUCAUUCCUGUUCUUAUUUUUGCUAUUUUUAUAAUUUCCUUAUGUGCUUGUUCCUCAUUAUUUCAUACUUGAAAUAAAUUUAUUUUUUUAAUGCUA